GGAAGCUGAAGGGGAGUCAGUGGAGUCGUGUUGGCGUUUAUCUCAGCUGACGCUCGAGCGCUGGAGACUCCAACGAGUCUGAUCGCCGACUCCAUGAUCAAGACAUGAGAAGGUCUCCACCAUGGACGCAGAGAUGAUGAUGCCCAAAUUCUCCUCCAAAGACGAGGAAAUCGAUUACUGGAAGUGCUUGUCUUUCAAAUACAAGAAGAGUUAUCAUGACGCUCAGGAGGAGCUGCAGGAGUUCCAGGAGGGCAGUCGUGAGCUGGAGGCCGAGCUGGAGGCGCAGCUGGGGCAGGCCGAGCACCGCAUGCGAGACCUGCAGUCCGAGAACCAGAGGCUGAAGAGCGAGGUGGACAUACUCAAGGAGAAACUGGAGCAGCAGUACGCUCAGAGCUAUAAGCAGAUCUCCAUGCUGGAGGAUGACCUGGUCCAGACACGCGGCAUCAAGGAGCAGAUGCACAAAUAUGUCCGAGAGCUGGAGCAGGCCAACGACGACCUGGAGAGAGCCAAGAGGGCCACCAUCACCUCCCUGGAGGACUUUGAACAGAGGCUAAACCAGGCGAUAGAGAGGAACGCCUUCCUGGAGAGCGAACUGGACGAGAAGGAGUCUCUGCUGGUGUCUGUGCAGAGGCUGAAAGAUGAAGCUAGGGACUUGAGGCAAGAGUUGGCUGUUCGAGAGAGGACUUCAGAUGUUGUCAGGAUGUCGGCCCCCAGCUCUCCCACCCUAGACAUUGAUAAGACCGACUCGGCAGUGCAGGCUUCCCUGUCCCUCCCAGCUACACCUGUAGGGAUGAGCAUGGAGCAUCCUUUCAUUGUUUCUAAAGCGUUGACCAAUGGCUGUGGCAGCUCCCCCCUCACGCCGUCUGCACGGAUCUCGGCUCUUAACAUUGUUGGAGAUCUUCUGCGGAAAGUUGGGGCUCUUGAGUCCAAACUAGCCGCCUGUAGGAACUUUGCCAAGGACCAGGCAGCAAGGAAAAAUUACACCACAGGAAAUGGAAACCUCUUCAACAGCAACGCAACCAAGUUCUCUCAUUCGCUCCACACUACGUAUUUUGACAAGACGAAUAUGAACGGCCUGGGUCCCGGUGCGCUGACGCGGACCGUGUCUCCUCCGGGCUUGCUCCCUCUCAGCGUGUGAGAGACUUUCCCAGCGACCUCCACACAAGAUCGGACAUAAUGUGGGAACUGAGAGGACACUCCAGAGAUUGUGUGAGUGUGUGUGUGUGUGUGCGCGAGAGAGACGGAGAUGACGGACAGAUACAUGUCUGUUCCUGUGAGCGCGGGCUUCAGUCGACCUCUGUUCUUCUCACCUAAAGCCAGCAAAAUGACAAAGGUCUGAGUCAGGCCACAGCUUCUGUGUGAGUGUUUCAGUGUAUCGCGCGGUUUAAAAGACGUUCGAGAGAUUUUCUUUUUGAGGCGAAUGCCACUGUAUGCUUGAUUCAAAUGGGUUGGUUUACACGCGUACUGUUUUCAGCUUCAGUAAAGGGUCUAAAUGUGGAGGUCUGUAGAUGUUUUUACUGGAAUGAAUGCCAAGAAAACGUGUUUAAUAGCAUGGAAACAUCGUCUGCCUUCAAAAGAUGCUCUAAUGAAUUAUUAACCCAGUUACAUCAGCUGACUGGUCACCAGUUUGCAUGAUGCAGCCACUAUUUUAGGGCUUCAGAAGGUUUGUACUGUAUGUAUGUUCGUGAAACUGCACUUCAAAAUGCCACAGUUAAGUGAACACUCGUGUCGCUGCUUUGACUGUAAAUCAGUCUCUGUGCGGUGUGUCCUUCCUCACAGAACUCGUCAGUGGUUGUAUGAACCUCAUUUCUAUCCCAUGUGCCUCUGCUGGGGAGUUCGGUAUUCACUGUUCAUUUAUUUCACUUGUGGAACUUGAAGCCAACUUUUGUUUAUCCCAGUGUUUAAGUUCAGCUGAUCUACGCCAAGCUUUAACAGCGAGUGCCGGAGCACUUGUUAGUGUUCAUUUCCCCCGUUGAGUCUUUGGUUUCACCGUUUUGUUAUAUCUCAUGUAUAUAGAUUUGUAAACAUAGCAGUGAUGCCCUGUCUGUAGAUACUUAAAUUGGGCUGUGUGCUGUUUAAUUUAUUUGAGAGUCUUUAUGACAUGUUUUGACACAAUGAGUGAAUUUUACAUACUGUGCAUUGGUUUAAAAACAUAUAUCCAGAUGUAAAAUUGGUUGUCUAAUAUGUGCAAACAAAUAAAAUGAAAAAAAAAUGGGCUUA